CCAGGGAGAGUACCAACUUCUGGGAUGUGAAUGCGACGUCAUGAACAGCAGACUGUUAAGAAUCACUUUUUGUUUAAACACCAUGUAGUACACUAGUUGUUUAUGGGUGCGUUGGAGUAGUAAGUACUGACCACGAUUAUCCGGAAACGCACAUCUGGCCUGGACGCCAUUAAUUGGCAAUUAGAGCUAAUUGGGACCCCCCCACAUUAAUCAGCACCCUCCAGGGAGCCACCACACUAAUUGGGGAAUGUCUAUCUCGCGUCCAGACCAGUUGUGCGUUUCCGGAUAAUCGUGGUCAUAAAAAAUAAAAAUAAUAGGCAGAAAAUAAAAUAAAAAGAUGGAAAUAGAGUGGAGAGAAACAAUUUAUUCGAAAAUCAACAAUGCCGCGGCGAAGAAGCCGCUCCGCAACACCCGAGUGACCAGCGUCCGCCAUGUUGGUAGUUUGCACCCAGCAGUUGCAGAGAUCGACGACAGGUGGCCACUUAGUUGCAAGGCAUCACACCAGAUGGCGCCACCAUCAUAGCUCUAGACGAGAAAGACAGAACAAGAUACUAGCGGCAGGUAAAAAUGACAGCACUGCUAAGCAAGUCUAGGCAUGCGAGAGAAAAGGUCUAACCGCUACUGCUAAAACAGAAAACAGUACACAUCGGGGAAAAAGGCUUACGGGGGGACGAUCGCUUAGGCCUAACCCCAACACUACGCAGCUAACACAAGGCGGGAACCACACAUCGCUAAACAUGCGAGAAAAGGCUUAACACGAGCGCGGUCACCGCUAAACACGGCAAACAUACGAGGAAAGAGGCUUACGGGGGGCGAUCGCUUAGGCCUAACCCCAACACUACGCAGCUAACACAAGGCGGGAACCACACAUCGCUAAACAUGCGAGAAAAGGCUUAACACGAGCGCGGUCACCGCUAAACACGGCAAACAUACGAGGAAAGGAGCGCGCUUAGGCCUAACCUCAACACUACGCAGCUAACACAAGGCAGGAACCACACAUCGCUAAACAUGCGUCAACAGGCUUGGACACCGCAAAACAAGUCUAAACAUGCGAGAAAAGGCUUAACACGAGCGCGGUCACCGCUAAACACGGCAAACAUACGAGAAAAGGAGCGCUUCAAAUGACUCACCUUUUCCCCCGCGGCAACUUCCAGGCAGAAACUGAGCGAGCGCGGAGAACAUACGUCUGCUCUCUACGAGAUCCAGCCAGAAAGUGAGCGAGCGCGCGGAGCGCACGUCCGUCUUCCGCGACGGUCCGAGAGAAACUGAGAGAGGCGACGCGCAGCGGCCGCUAUGGAUGCGCGCGCGCCCUCUGCUCCACCCGUCCGCGCAUGCGCGCGCGCGCGCUCCUAGCGCCCCCUGCGCCGGCCGCGGGUGUUUUCGGUUUCGGCUCUCUGCUGCGCGCGCGCGCGCGCUCCUAGCGGCGACGGGUGGCUUUUCAGUUUCGCUUUCAUUCUCCGUUCUUUGCGCGCGCGCGCUCUCCUAGCGGCGACGGGUGGCUUUUCAGUUUCGCUUUCAUUCUCCGUUCUUUGCGCGCGCGCGCGUUUAUCUCUAUAAAGGCAGCGCGCACCGCGCUCGCGUCAUCAUUCUGACCGAUACGUGGAAAACGCCAUGUGUGGUUUAUUCUCCUGCGUUUCUCGUCGUCGCAAGGAAAAGACAAAAAACGAAGAACUUCGCGAAUUUAUACGCGGCAUCGUGGAGGAAGCCUUUCAAGUCCACCGUCUGGAAUGGUUGCAAGCACGUCAAGAAAUGUGUCAGGACAAGAUGAAGACGCUCGACCGCAUCUUAGCGGCGGACAGACUGGCGAAAAAGAAGUCCAACUUUAGCCUGGACGAUCUGUAUUGGGAACGCAGUUCCGAUGUAGAGGAGGAGGACGACGAGGAUGUGUAAAUAAAAAGCGAUGCAUUUCUCCUCGAGUCUCAGUCUCUUCUUUCUCUUCGUGCAAUGUGUACGCACGCAAGAUGUCUUCCCCCGAACCUUUUCGUUUCCGUCAUCCCUUUCGCUGUAUCUUAAGCGGCCCCUCCAUGUGCGGCAAAUCUACGUUCGUUGCUAACGUGUUGAGGAACCUGAACGACGUGGUGGACAAGCCUCCGUCACAAAUAUUCUACGUGCAGAAAUAUGCUUCGCCGAGCAUGCAGGACGAAUUCGGGGACUCCGUAAAAUUUACCAAGGAGCUACCGCGAGAGUGGGACACGUCGCGCGCUACGCUGAUCGUCGUCGACGAUCACAUGACCGACGCCGGUUCCUUGAAGGAGGUGACCGAUCUUUUCAUUCGGGGUUCUCACCACGCCAACGCGUCGAUCUUCUUACUCGUUCAAAACAUCUUUUUCGACAGUAGCCAUUUUAGAACAAUAUCCUACAACGCCAGUUACGUCGUCCUGUGGCGCACCGUGCGCAGCGUGCACCAGAUGGAACAUUUCGGCCAACAGCUAUUUGGCAGAAAAAGAUUGGAGUAUUUUCUGGACGCAUAUAAACAAGCGAUGUCGUCGCCCCACGCAUAUUUACUCGUGGAUCUUCACAACUAUACGCACGAGGAUCACAGGUUGCGUAGCAAUAUCUUUCCGGGAGAACGUCAAUAUAUCUACGCUCCGAAAUGAAUCUCCGCCCUCACCUCACUUUACUCAAAGUACUCUCCACCCUACCCCCUCCACGCCGCCGCGACGUCUUGAGACGUUCGUCCUCGUCCGACAUGAAACACCUCUCCGAAAUUUGCCUCAAUGUAUUGAACGGAAAGGUGGCUCUAGCUCCAGAUACGUUCGCGCGUUUGAAGAAGCACAAACGCUUUUUACGACGGCUCGCCUACAAAAAGGUUCACAAGAACCCGCAACGUUUGAAGCGCUAUCUGUCUCAGCAGCGAGGACAGGGCGUUCUUUCGUCGGUGGUUCCUCUCCUGCUUUCCGCCGUGUUGAACCUUUUCGCCAAUGGCCAAGAGAAUUGAAGUGACCACCUCCAUCGGAAACAUUCUUUCCUCGAAGGAGAGUGACGACGUCAAAGUGAAACUCAUACUGCAAGCACUGUAUCGCAUACUCAAGCAGUACGGAUUUGACCCCUACGACAAUAAAAACAAGGCGUCCGACGCUACAAAUGACUUUGACUAUUCGCUCCUCUCUCCAGAGGUGGACGAAGAGGAAGCGGAAAGGGUCGUCUCGGAAUUAAAGAAGGUUCUUUCCUGGGAUCGCGAGGGUUGUGUCUCCGUGUCGGGCAAGCCCAUCAGACACUCCUCCGUUUACGAACUCGUCAAUUAUUUGUUGCAACGUAAGACGGGAAAGAAACCUUCCUGGUUCCCCAAAGUCUCGAAACUAUUGCGUCUGAUUUCUCUACCCAAAUCUCGCGAGCCUCAACAGCAGCAGCAGCAGCAGCAGGCCUCCAUUGCGUGGACGACUUAUGGAGGGAUAUGAGAAACCAGAGGGUGGUUUGGGGGGUGUGGAACGCUAUAGAAAAGCACAUCACUUGAGCAAAAAGAAAGCUCUCGCCAUUCUCAGAAAGCUGGAUGCCUACACGCUCCACCAUCCGGUCAGAAGAAAGUUUAAUAGGAGAUGGACCUCGCCGAUUUUUCAAAAUACAAGAGAUUCAACGGUGGCUACCGCUACAUUCUCGUGGCAAUCGAUUCCCUCUCCCGCUUUCUGCGCACCCUCCCGCUAAAGACGAAGCGCCCCGCCGAAAUGAAAAGGGCCAUGAUAAGACUUUUUCGGGGAGGUAACGUACCUACACGCAUCUUUUGCGACAGAGGCGGGGAAUUCUACAACAAGACCGUCAAGGAGUAUCUCUCACGAAAGAAGGUACAGAUGUAUUCUACCUUCUCUCCAGUAAUCAAAGCGUCGCAGGCAGAGCGCGUCAUACGCACUUUACGCGACAGAAUAUUCCGUUAUUUUAGAGUAACGGGAAAAUACCACUUCGUUUCCGCGCUUCCCAAGAUCGUGCGCGACUACAACACCACCAAACACAGGACUUUGGGCAUCAGCCCGUCCGAAGUCACGCCCGAAAACGAAUUGGAGCUGUUCAAUAAGAUAAAUGGGAAGCCCGUCGUACCCUCCGUGAAAAAGAAGCUCAAACUGGGGGAUAAAGUGGGGGUCCUACUUCACAGAAAAGGUUUUCAUAAGAGCUCGGAAGGGAGUUGGUCGCCUCAGAUUUUCACCGUCUCCCGCCUGAGAGACACCUCUCCUCCCGUCGUACACCUGGAAGAUUACCGGGGCAAGGAAGUGGACGGAUCUUUCUACCCGGAGGAGGUACUCGUCGUAACCCGAGACGCCAAUCAGCCUUGGCCAGUAACAAAAGUGCUGAGAAAGAAGCAACUGAACGGUCAGAGCUUCUCCUUGGUUCGCUGGUUCGGUUACGACAAAGAACACGACAGUUGGGUUCCGAGCAGCGACGUGGUCAAGAUUGGGAAAUGAUGUCUGACAUCUACGUCCACCUGCUCUCGAACGCCAGCAUGGAUAAGUUUCCCUCGAAUAAACUCAACGCCUUCACGGUAGCUUUCGAUAGUCCGCUUCAGCUCUCGAAUCGGUAUAAAGUCGGUCUGAUGGAUCUCAGCAUAAGUAACGAUUUUUUAAAUAUCGGCUACGAAAGGCAAGAUGCGAAAAUCGAGGUUUCUUUCGAGGACACGGUGGAAGCCGGCAGAACUUUUCGUGUCACCUCGGAUCUCGAGAGGGAUUUGGGAAAAGCCCUUUCGGAAUUCGACGUUUCUUUCGCGUACAAUAAAUCGCGAUACGACUUCGUCUUACCCGUGGACGUGAAAGCCGUGGAAUUGGACCCUCGGCUCGCGCAAGCGCUCGACGCCUCGCUAGCGUCCCGCGAAGCAGGUCGUGCGGUGAAACCCCCCAAAUUGAGCGAACGCGAAGCCACCUCCAUCGUAUUGGAGCACGCCGCAGCCGCCGUCGCUUUCGGCGACGUCACUCUGAAUUCGGAAACCACGUCCCUACGGAACACACUCAACAAGUAUUUCCAGACGCACAAGCUGGACGCCUCGCUAGAAUUCGCGGAUAACGUGUACUCUCUGAAAACACCGAAAGGGUUGCACGUACCGGAACCCUUUGUCAAGCUGCUACAUCUCACAGCCGUCGAGGGACACGAAGAAGAAACGCUACGCGUCUCUCUCCCCGUAGCGCGUCAAUUUUCUUUCACGAUCAAGACGAAAAUUCCUCGAUCUUUGCAAGUACAUGUGCCUCCCGGCUAUUAUGCGACGCCGCAAGCACUUCUAAAUGCGAUUAAUCAGCGCGUAGGCGAACGCGCGCGCUUCAGCUUCGACGGAACCGAACAGAAAUGUAAAAUUCGGCUUUCCGAGGGCACCUCCACCCUAAGACUUUCCGAGUACCUGGCCGUGCUUUUGGGCUUCGAAUCGCGUACCGUGUUCACGGGGGAUGAGGAUGCUACGAGCUCCGUCGAGGUACUCCUGGAACCCCCGUUUCACAACAUAAUCGUGUACACGGAUAUCGUGGAACCCACGUACGUGGGGAGCGGGAAAAAACCGAUAUUAAAAAUACUACCCUUUUAUUACGAGAAAGACAAGCACGUCGUCACCUACACGUUAGAUAACAUCCAGUAUUUUAACCUGUCUCAAUUCGAAAUUCCUUCAGUGACGAUCGUUCUCGCGGACGAAACGGGAAGACGUUUGCCGUUGCGGUCCAAAGGCAGAACCAAUCUAACGUUGCAUUUCAAAUAUGUACCGUAAUUCCCCCAAAAUAAUUCCCGUGUACACGGGACCCCUUUUCCAACGAGGGGGCGGUGUGUUGAGCAACAUAUCCAAGUUUAUCGUUCCCAUCUGGCAGCAAAUAAAACCGAUCGCCAAGAGAACGUUGAAGCGCUUGGCGCGGAAUUUGGCCGAUGGCGAAGGAAUAUCGCGCGCAGUAAAAAAGACGGCCAUAGCAACGGGGAGAGACGUGCUGGAUUCCAUGGAGGGCUCUGGAAACAACAAUGGGAAGAAACGCCGCAAACGACAACAAAAGGCACCGACACACGACGCACCUGCAGAUAUCUUUGGUACGCCGUGAAGGUCACACAUCCGCUGCGCGCGCUCCGUCAUGACGUCAACGAAAGGAAAAAUACAGACGCCGAUCUGUCUAACGAGUGACGUGAUGAUAUUCGAACCCCCUUCCAUUCAAUACGGCGUGGAAGAUACUUCGUACCAACUUUUUUAUCCGGUCAACGGAGUAAAUAAUUCCGUGAUCGAGUUUUGUAUUCAAAAUUUGCAAAGGGCACACUUGGAUCUCUACUGCAGUUUUGUGUCUUUGACCGUGCGCAUUGUUCGCGACGACGGGGAAGAAAUGGACGAGAAAGAUGUCGUUUUCCCAAUAAACCACCUGUUGAGCGGCAUGUUUAAGACGGUCACCGUUUAUGCGAACAACAAACUCGUCGGUUCCAACGAGUUGUACGCCUACAGGAGUAUUUUGGACGUCGUGCUUCAUUCCACGCCCGCGGCUCAAGAAACAGUGCACGCGGCUGGACUUUAUGUCGAGGACGACGAACAUUUAAAGGACGAUUACGACGUCUCGUCUCGCGGUCCGAAACAACGUUACGAAGCGACGAAGGGUGGAAAAUACUUUAACCUGGUCGGUCAGAUCAAUACCGACCUGUUUCAACAGCCGCGCCUGAUGGUACCUGCCGUCGAAAUUCGCGUCGUUUUCCUGUUAAACAACGACGAAUUUAAACUCGUAUCGGUUCCCAAAGACAAGAAAACGUACAAUUACGAGGUGGACAUUAAAGAAAUGACGUUACACUUGAAAAAGGUGACGCUGGCACCUUCCCUAUUUUUGGAAUACGAGCGGCGGCUUCAGACCACGCCGGCCAUCUACGUGUUACGCGGAUUGGAAACCAAGGUGCGGAGCUUGAGUGCCGGGAGCUUGGACGCUCACUUUGAAGACGUUUACCCCGAAAGGGUGCCUUCCAAAUUAUGCGUCGCCCUGCUCGCCACGUCCGACUUUCUCGGCGACAUCUAAUCGAACCCCUACAAAUUCCGUCAUUACGACCUGUCUCAUUCGAUGCUCUCCGUGGACGGCCAGCAAGUGCGAGCCGAGUACGACUUUCAGAACGACCUCGUCAAAAUUCCCUACUUUAACUUCUUGCAAGAACUGGGAGAGAAACAUUUCAAGUAUAGCUACGAGCGAUUUAAAACGAACGGGUUCCUUCUCUACUUUAACUUGGACGUGGACAAGUGUUCUUCUCCUUCGCAUUUGAACGAGUGGCGAAAAGGAAACGUUCGCCUGCAAUUACGCUUCGCUAAAGCCCUUCCACACGCGGUCACCGUCCUCUUGAUUUCCGAGUGUCCCAAGCUCAUGUACGUCGACAAGGACCGUACGGUCACCUUCCCAUAAAAAAAAAAAAAAAAGAUGUACGAGAGCGACAUCUUGGAACUCGUGUCCCUGAACCCCCUCGCUUCCUCCAUGCUGAGAGGCAUUUGCGCUUCCGACGAAGCCUUCGUUUUACGCAAGCCCGGUUAUUUAAUCAUCAAUACGGAAGAGCGAAGAAGGCGCGGGCAGCACUGGGUGCUCUACCUGAAAAACUACGACGGGUCUGCCGUGUUUUUCGACAGCUACGGACUUCCCCCCAUCGAAGCAAACCUUUGGAAGACUUUACCUGUAGUGGACGAGUAUAACGACAAGUGUAUUCAAUCGCCUUUUUCGCCUUACUGCGGGCUUUUUUGUAUCUACGUAGCCACGCGCAUGUCGAAACGCUACAGCUUGGAAAGUUGUGUAUCCAUGUUUUCCUGUAACCUCGAAGAGAAUGACGAAACAAUAAAACGUCUCCUCGUGAGCGAACUCGUUUCGUAAAAAAAAUAGUCUAUUUAUUUUUUCACGACAUACACAAGACCCUUGCGAGACGAUCUUCCAACGUGCUGACCCGACGCUCGUCGUCGCCGGUCUGCACCGUGACGUCGAGGGAUGUGUGGAGAAGCCAGUAGCGACGGACGAUAGGUCGGUUGAAACCCGCGUUGAUGAGACACGGGUCGACUGUCUCUCCUCGUCUAUACUUUUCCAACAGCUCGAGCUUGUAAUCUACGAAACGCUUCAUUUUCUUUGCAAUCUUCCCACUGACAGUGAACAGACGUAAGGGUAUCGUCUUGAGAAUCGAGCGAAAGUCUCCCUCGCAGCUAUCGCCGUGAAUAUAAUCGCGUAAUCGCAGCAAGUCCCGAUACAUUCGCGUUUGCACAAAGGUGGCAAACCUCUGCUCGGGCGUCAUCAUGACUGAGACGGAAUGAGAGUAGACAACCUUUUUUUAUUUCUCGUUACACACGAAUUAGGCUCCAGCUUUGGUUUCGUAGCCGGGAAGGCAGCCCAAAUACGGACGAAGGCUCGAGUCUAACCAAUGGCUGGGGUUUCUCGACCAGAGUCCACCGCAGCGACAGGUAGUCAGUUGAUCGCCGAUUCGCAAAAAGAAGGUCUUUGGAGGAGGCUUGAAGGUUAGGACCAGAGGUAGAUCUCCCGUCAGUAGCCAUUCGUAAUCUGCAACGAAAGGAGUGUGAGAAACGCGUGUUUUUAUAUCUCAAACACACACACACGUACAAUCUUCUUCAGUCACAGAGUGACACUGAUGGUCCAUCUUCUCCAUCUUCCUUCAAUAGUCGUAGUCCUUCGCAACGUACGUCGAACGGUACCGUCCGACAGCCGGGAAACGGGCGAAUCAAUCGGUCCGUCCAAUGCUUUUGCUCUGAAAAAAAAAAAAUGUGAACGAUUAUAGAACGUAUUAAAAAAAAAAUAACGAGGAAGCGUACCUUUGGACCACAAUCCACCGCAAUUGGUGCAGAAGAAGCGGGCCCUGCCAAUCUCCCGAAAUAUGUGAGGCGGGAAAACACCGACUUCACGCGCAGCAAAAGUGUUGUACACUGGAAACGAAACUCUUCAAACAUUUCGACGAUGAUGAUGAUGACGUCAUGGGUAUAUUACUUACGAGGAUCUACCAAGCUGAUCAUGAUGGAAUGACGAUCGACCAUUCGCUUCGACAUUUAUAGUAAAGCUUUGCCUCUCACUCUCUAUGACGUCAUUGAACGUGUUUAAACAUGUUAAGACGUGUUUGAACAUGUUUGGACACGGGCGGCGAAGUCGUCCCUGGACACACUCGUUCCUCUCUCACCCUCUCUAUGACGUCAUUGAACGUGUCUGAACAUGUUUGGACGUGUUUAGACACAGGCGACGAAGUCGUCCCUGGACACACUACUUCCUCUCUCUCUCUCUAUGACGUCAUUGAACGUGUUUGAACAUGUUUGAACGUGUUUGAACAUGUUGUGACGUGUGUAGACACGAACCCCGCAAUACGAAAAACGUCACGCAGUACGAAUUAGAUUGGUGGUUAGUGUGUCGCGCCCAGUGUAGAAGGAUCCUGGGUUCGAAUCCCACUCUGGGACGGUUACACAGGAUGUGACAGCGGGUCGUCUCUCUCUCUCUCCGUCUUUGUAGUCCUUGGACGUGUCUGGUCUCGAACCCCCUGUGUCUCCCCUCCUCCUCCUCCUCGCACGAUAUUGGAGCAACAAAGGGCGGCAUCUUGUCACAGAAGCAAAGUGGCGGAUUUACGUAAUCGAUGGAUAUGACGUGAAUGGGGUUAGUGCGAGCGUGAGAACCCUGUACUCUAAGAUGGUCAUCCCCUGUACCCCCCUUGUCCACUAUUCUCGAAUCAAGAGUCCCGAGAAAAUGCUGCAUACGUUCCAGACGAUUUUGGACCUUCUGGUCCACAUUCGUCCGCCGUUUGGUAAGUUUUUCUCUAUCUCUUCUUGUUUAGAAAUAGUUAUUUUCUAAUACCUAACGUUCCUCUGUAGGUUUCACUGUGACACACAUUGUGCAGCUAUUUUUCCAGCUGAUCCCCGGUGCGGGGGGAGAUGUGCCCCGCUUGGAUAUGGAGACGUUUUUGCAAGCGUUCGCCAUCGUAGGCGAAGAAGACAUUGAGACGGCCACCACAGAAGUGCUCAUGGCGUGCUACGGCAGGGAGUGGCGAGAAAUCGCUGUGCAGCGGGGACUAGAGGGGGAGCUCUUUUUCAGAGUGCCCCGAAGCUUAGAGGAGCAUACUUUACCGCUAGAAGGUACUGCUCCUUUAAGCUUCGGGGAAGCGGAGCACCUCCUCUACUCCCUGGUGCACCAGUGGAACAGAGCGAGUGCAGCGGGUUGGAGAGAACUCGCUGAACGCUGGAUGGCGAGUCAAAUACCGUGAGUGUUUUUCGAUUGUGGUUUUUGUUCGUAGAAUCCUUAUUCUGGUUCUUUAUUACUAGAUUGGAUCCCUGGGUUCUUAUAGAAGACCAUGAAGCACCCAUGUAAACACGUCAGCCAAUAAACGCAUAUCGUCUUUCGCAUCACGCGACUCUCUCUCUCUCUCUCUCUCUGCCCCAAUACAAUAGAAGAAUAGGAAACCACAGAUCCUGCGUAUAAAAGCGAGCGUGGGAUAGACCGCAGUUAAAGAUGAUGAUGUCGACGAUGUCACCACCACCACCACCACAACGUUCGGUCUGCUUGCGCAGGAGGUAAGUGCAUUUGUAUGUGUUUAGAUCGAUGUUUGAUUAAUGCCUCCUUUUCUCUAUUUGCUAGGUGCACACAGGAGAAUUAUUUCAAAUUGGGGGGAGGGACUUCAUGCCUAACAUGAGGUCCGAUUAGGCUCCGCGAAGUUCAAAAUUAGGGGGAGCAUCGCCCGCAUUAUUCAAAAUUGGGGAAGGACGUGAAUUCAUGGCCAAUAUGAAUUCUGAUUAGGCUUAAUGGGGAAUUGGGGGGCGUCCCCCGCCCCAGUCAAAAUUGGGAGGGACAAGAAUUCAUGUUCGCCAUGAAUUCUGAUUAGGCUUAAUGGGGUAUUGCGGUGUACCAUCCGCACCACUCAAAAUUGGGAAUGGGUAAGAGAAUUCUGAUUAGGCGUAAUGGGGAGAUUUGGGGGAACAUUUUAAUCUGGCCUUAUUCAAAAUUGAACUCCUUCUUUCAUUUUUCGUUAGAUUAUUCCAAAACGGGGGGGAGAAUUCGUGCAUAACACAAAUUUCAUUAGAGACCAUGUUGAUUAUACAAAAUUAAGGAGUUCUUAAAGGGAGAAUUAUUUCAAAUUGGGGUUAAAUUAAAACCUUCUUUCAUUUUUCGUUUGGUUGACAUCGUCGACAUCCUAUGCGUUAUUGCAAAGGCGCGGUGUCCAAAGUACAGACGCCAUCAGCGCAAUGACAGGAGGAGGAGACGGUCUGGUUCUACGACGGUUGAUCGAAAACCCACGAGGGGCAUUCAUCCAGUUUCGUGGAGCAAAAUGUAAGUCGAGUGGUUCUGCUGUGAGAGGGGCAUUCAUCCUCGACGCGAGGCAUUUCGUGGAGCAAAGUGAACCAAUAGCCGCUGUCGUCGCACAUCAUGCAGCACAGGAAAAGCCGUCCAGCAACCUCCCCGUUAGACCCAACUGCCUUCCUGUAUAGCAGUAGGACACCUCCUUGUACAGCAUUGGGACAAGGAAGACCGUGAGCGCCUUUGUGAAUCGAGUGACCGUGGAACAAAGAGCAGGCAUCUAUCGACCAAGUCCUUUGUAUGUAUUCAAUAAAGAUGUUUCAGUGAAAGAACA